AUGAAGAGAUCGAGCGCUGGAAAAUGGAAUGGGCUCAUGUUUUCAGUACGUACCGAUUUCCUUUACAUUAAAAUUAGCCUCGAACUGACAAGGACACUCAUUCUAGCAAAUGAAGAGCAAUCAACCCUGGAUCUCAGUCUCUGGUUCUGCCAAAUGCUACUACACCGAACUGCUGCGCGCCUCCAACCGGAGAUAGAUCGACUCGUGCCCGAGAUCUGCGGCAAUGCACGGCUAAUCAUAUCAAAAUUCAUGCAAGUCCGCUUUCCUCUGGCCCUGGGUCUGAUUGAUCACGUCUAUUCCAUUGUUGCCUACGCCGCCAUUACAUUGUGCGACUAUAACGUCUCCGAUCCACUUAUUGACCAAGUACGCGCGCUGCUGCUUCAUCUUGCUCCGAGUGGCGACCAUAUCUCCUACCGCAUUGCGUGCAUCAUCGCCGAAGUUCAGCGCCGCUACUCCGAUGCAGCCGCAGACUCUGCCUCCGUUGCCUCAGGAGGAGAUGCUCUGAAGGAUGCACUCUUCGCGACUCCGCAUCCUCCACGCGCCGCCAAUAUGGAUUUAGCGCAGCUGAUGCCAGCCGCGGGAGUCAUGAAUUCCCUAGUCGACGAGUAUGGGUGUAUAAACCAGUUGAUUCCGAGCUAUGCAGCACCGCAUCCACCGUUCUCGGGGCCCACUAUCUUUCAACAGCACCUUGCGCCUGUCACAGGUGGUGCGAUGCCUGUCAGCCUAGUGCCACGAGCCUUGCACGAUUGGUGA